AUGGCUUCAAAUGGUGGAAGAACUCGACAAAGCGCUCACGUUUCUGUAAACCGCACGAGUGUUGUCUGUAAAAAGUCUUACGGUAGCUGUCGUUUAAAUAUAACCUCUAGCAAAAACAUAGAAAAGGUCGAACGACGUUUCCAAACAUUUGAGGAAGAAGCGAGGCAACAUAAAGCACUUUCGGAGAGCCUAGAUGUAAUAGAGGCGAGAAAUGUUGUCAGUAGUAAUCGAGAAAUCGCACUCAAAGACCUUGCAUUUGUGACAGCUGCAACUCAAGAUCAUCUGGAAGAAGCCUACAAGUCUUAUGGUGACUACCAUUUAAACAUAACGUCUAGCAAAAACAUAGAAAAGGUCGAACAGCGUUUCCAAGCACUUGAGGAAGAAACGAGAAAACUUAAACCACUUUUGGAGAGCCUAGAUGUGAUAGAGCCAAAAAACGUUGUCAGUAGUGUUCGAGAAGUUGCACUCAAAGAUCUUGCAUUUGUGACAGCUGCAACUCGAGAUCAUCUGGGAGAAGCCUACAAGUGCGUUUCUUCAACAAACUGUGGUACUUCAUAA